GAUUGCCCAGCCGAAGUAUCUCUUUAACUUUCCUGCCAGCUCUAACAUCCUAUAUGAGUCUGUGUUUAUAAUCCCUGCUUUCAAAGCUUGUAACCUUAGCCAGGCUAAAUCUCCCUGUUUGGGAGAGUUAUUCCAGGACUGAGACUUGGGGUGCCCAAUGCCGAGAGCCCAGCUAGAGAUGUGGGCCUUGAGACCUUGUGAAUCGUUGAAGCUUAGAGCCCGCUCCACCCGGGUGCUGCUCUCCAAGGUGCUGCUACCUUAGGCGCCGUCUCGUACUUGUCCUGCACAUUCACUUCCGAAGACCAGUGGCUUGGGAGGGUGGGUGGUUUAUUGUCCCCAUUAUCUCCUCCAGCCCAUCCUCAUUGGUCAGUAUGGAUAAUUGACAUUUUUCUCAGCCUCAAGUAAAUCGCUAUGCAAACAGAGCUUCAAGCUCCCCUACUUUCCAACCAGAUCACCAGCCCUUGACCCUCCUCUCAAACUUCUGGAGCUGCCUCCCCAGUGACAGAGGGCCAGACUCCAUGGGCACCGGGACUUGGGAAGGGGAGAAGAGGAGUGUUCUUUUCUUCACCUCAGUCCUGCUGGGCUAACAUUUGUGAUUGUCACUAGCGUUCACUCUAAUGUAUCUCUGGCUCUAGAAUUUCAAGUUCUACUUAGUGACUCCUAUCUCAAGGUAGCUUCCCAGUGUGGUCAAGGAAGAGGUUUGAGCUUCAGAGCCCAGUUGCAAGGUUCUUCUCUGAGCUGAACAAUGGCUGUAGCUGUGGACCAACAAAUUCAGACUCCUCGAGUGCAAGAAGAACUUCGAAUAGUGAAGCUGGAAGAGGAUUCCCACUGGGAGCAGGAAAUUUCCCUUCAAGGGAGUGACCCUGGACCAGAGACCUCCUGCUAGCGUUUUUGGCAUUUCUGCUAUCAAGAAACAUCUGGACCCCAGGAGGCCCUCAUCCAACUCCGGAAGCUCUGUCAUCAGUGGCUGAGACCAGAGAAGUGUACAAAAGAACAGAUCCUGGAGUUGCUCAUGCUGGAACAGUUCCUGACUGUCCUUCCUCAGGAGACCCAGAUCUGGGUUAGACAGAAGCAUCCAGAGAGUGGGGAGGAGGCCAUGGCUCUGGUGGAAGACUUGCAGAAAGAACCUGGAAGAUGGGGGCUCCAGGAGCAGGAGGUAUACUCAGAGGAGAAGGAACCCCCAGGAUCAGCACUGGGUUCCCUGAGGAUCCAUCUGAAGCAAGCACAGACAGGAUCCAUGUGUCUGUUACAGGCGAUGGUGAAGAACUCACAGCCAGAACCAGAACAGUUGAAUCACAGCCCCAAAGUAGAACUCCGAUCCUUCCACAAGAGCGUGCUGCCUGAUCCUCCGGCUCUGGAUCUUUCUGUGGAGGAGAGUGGUGGUGACCAGGGGAUGAUGAGCCCCUCCCAGGAGUUGAUGACAUUCGGUGAUGUGGCUAUGUAUAUCUCCCAGGAGGCAUGGAGGCAGCCAGAACCUGGGUGGAGGAACCACCUGGAAAGAAGUUGGGAGAAAUCCGCAAAUGGGGCCUCGAUGGACUUGCCCACCCACUGACCCAGUGUCAGCUCCUGCAGGGAGCAGGAGGAAACCCCACAGAGCCCAGAUCUUCAGCGCUCCAGAGAGGAGGAAAGCGCCAGGGACUCCGCAGC